AUGGCUCACCAUUUUCUCAACAGUAAUAAUAUUAGUGGUAAUCGCCGACCAGCAUCAGUGGCUGCAUCAACCAGCAAUCAUAUUACACAAGAUAAUUUUGAUUAUGAAUUGAAGCAAUUAAUGGAACAAGAACGUCAAUUAAUGGCUGCACAGAAGCAAUUACCAAUAGAUAAUAAUGUAAUUACACCACAAAACACUUCGUAUAUACCAUCAGGUGAUAACUUAUAUAGAUACGUACAACAACAUCAGAAUACUCCCCCAAUUGAUCAACGAGUAUUACAACCAACAUCAACAAAUAUAUCAGCUCAAUCAUCGCCAACAAAACCACUUCGUAUCAUUAUUAUUCGUCAUGCUGAACGAGUUGAUGCUGUUUUAGGUUCGGAUUGGUCAAAAAAAAGUUUUGAUAGAAAUGGUCGUUACGUACGAUUUAGUGAGCAUUUACCAGAAGCAUUACCGCAUCGUUCUUAUUUACAUCAUUAUGUUAUUGAUGUACCGUUAACCAAUCGUGGCCGUAUGCAUGCAAUAAAAACAGGUAAAGCAUUAUUACUCAAUGGAUAUGGAGCUGAUAUCUGUUAUACAAGUCCAUCAUUACGAUGCGUACAAAGUGCUAAUGGAAUAUUAGCUGGUAUGGGUAAACAAGCUAUACCGAUGCAAGUGGAACCUGGUUUAUUUGAAUGUUAUUUAAAUGAUUUUAAGCGUACAUUAUGUUUUAUGACAAAAGAAGAGUUAGCAACUAAUGGAUACAAUAUUGAUCAAUCUUAUCAACCAUUAACACCAUUUAUGCGACCACAUGAUAGUCAAGCUGAUUAUUAUGAACGAUGUCGAAUACUUAUGGAUCAAAUUACAGAACGACAUCAAGCUACAGGUGGAACUAUUUUAAUAGUAGCACAUGCACCAAGUCUUGAAGGAUUGACACGUCAUUUAUCUGGUGGAAAACUUCAACCAGAAAAACUAUUUGAUAUUGCUCGUCGAGUACCAUUUCUUGCAAUGACCAUUAUCGAGAAGAACGGUAUUAAUAGUCCAUGGCUCUUUCGGACAAGACCACUUCACGCAAAUCCAACAAAAUCAAUGCAAGAGUUACCCUUUGAAUUAAUUUCACCAUCGACGCCUCUUGGUAUGAUAGGUAAUAAUCAUUCGAUGACUCCACAAGGACAACAACAAAUACAACGUCAACAACAACAACAACAACAACAACAACAAAGACAAAAUCAGCAACCGUCUCACAUUCAAUCGACUGCUACAUAUCUACAACAACAGCAACAACAACAACAACAACAACAACAACAACAAAGACAAAAUCAGCAACCGUCUCACAUUCAAUCGACUGCUACAUAUCUACAACAACAGCAACAACAACAACAACAACAACAGCAACAACAACAAAGACAAAAUCAGCAACCGUCUCUCAUUCAACCAACUGCUACAUAUCUACAACAAAAUCAACAAUCUAGACAACAAAAUCUUACUCCAAUUGAAAAUCUACAAUUGAAACCAUCAAUUGGACUUAUUCCUAUUGAUUUAAAAAAGGUUGUUAAAAGUUCAACAGCACCAAAUUUACGCAUGAGCAAUUCACUUAGUGAAAUAUUUCGCGUUAUUUGA